GCCACACUGCCUACGCUUUUAAAAUGCGACAGUGGUGCUGAACAACGUUCGAAAAUCUCCAUAUCAAAUAUGGGUUGGAGUAAAAUGUAAGGAAUCCCCUUUUAAUGUAAACACAAUUUAGAUUUUACCUGACUAUGACAUGUGCGACUCACCAGAAAAUCACCAGGCUCGUCUGCGAAGUUUGGAAGAGUUGACGGAGUUCACCGAGAACUGCCAGAGACAACUGAAUGAGCUGUUCGAGACCCUGGGAUGGAGACAGGACCAGGACAACGGCUCAGUUCAGGAGCCGAUGGAGGUGUGCCCCUAUGACCCGAACCACAGAGUGCCAAGCAGGAGCAUGGAGAGACACAAAGCCACUUGCCAACUCAGCCAGAUUGGAUACUCCCAUGAGGAACAGGCUGAGAUGUAUGACCACUCUCUGUGUUAUGAGAAUACCAGCAUUACCAGCUUCACAAUGGACAAACACACACAGCAACAAGUGAUUAUUCAAGCAAGAGCAAGUGCACCGCCAAUUAGGACAGAGGGACUGUACAGCCAAAGUGAAUACUCCACAGACCCUUCAGAAGUUCCUCAGAACCAGAAGCGAGCUAUCUGUGACCUUACUGUGGCAGACCGAUUGGCUCUUUUUGAUCACGUGACAAGAGAGGGCAUCAAACAGAAGGAUCAAGCUGUUGCAACCAACAAUGAGGACCUUUAUGUUGAUUUGGUGGCCAAGCUCAAAAAGGGUAACGAUCAGAACGAGCACAAGUCUCACCUGGAGCUAAUGGCUGAGAUGAGGGACUACAAGAGACGGCGGCAGUCUUACAGAGCCAAGAACGUCCACAACACCAAGAAGUCCUACACUGAGGUGAUUCGGGAGGUGAUUAAUGUCCACUCUGUUGAACUGUCCAGUCAGUGGAAAGAGGAGGAGAGGAAGGAAGAGGUUAGAGAGUCCAAACACGGCCCUCACAGGAGAAGGUCUGAGGACAGGCGGUCUGCCUCCAUAGAGUCCCGCCAAUCUCACGUCAGCUCCAGGGAUGGACACGUCUCCCACCACAAACGCCACCUCAGUGAAGAGCGCAGAAAAGACCCCAGCCCAGAGCAGAGCCAGGGGCGCAGCCAAGAGAAGGAGCGCAAGAAGAAGAGAAAGAGGGAUUCCUGCUCGCCGGAUGAGAGACCUCAUGAUCGAAAGAAGAAAAAGAAGAAGAAAAAGGAAGAGAAGUGAUUUUCAAGUUUAGUACUUUGGCUUGGAAAACCAGAGAUAGGGUCAAGGAGCCAACCAAAGCUACGUUCCAAUGUUCAUAAUAGCAUACCACUUAGAAUGCACGCCUUUAUACUAAGUGCCCAAUUCAUGGCUUCAUACUAAGUGGUAUGCAUGUAUAGAAAUUGUAGUUUGACUCCCAGACAAAUCUUUCUUUGAUGUAAUCUAAUGAUGAUAUUUUAAAGCAACAGUGCCGCUUUAAACAUUUGUCUUAAACUGAGAGGUUAUUAAAUGCCUGUUGUAUUAGAUUACAGAAUGUAAAUAAACUGUUAGAACAUGAUUCUCAGAAUUUUGUUGUACAUUCAUAAUUACCCCUGUAUUUGAUUCACUUCCAAAAAAACGGUUUGAUGUUUAAAGUUAAAACAGCGUUGUGUUUGAACUUUGAAUAGAGAAUAAAAGCUUCAUAUGUGUACUUUAAUGAUCAUGGUCAUAAUCUGUGUAAAAGCUUUCGUGUGUAUGAUGGCCCUUAUUUAGAAGUAUUCAGAGAAAAGUCUUACUUCAGUAAGGUUACCUUUUCAUUCUCACAAAAAUGACUUAUGUUGUCAUGAGAAUUUUCAAUCCCAAUGAUAACUAAAUAAUUAUUUAAGCUUUGCCCAAACCCCGAGGUUUGUAAGACCCUGGGUUUAAUAAUAAUUAGGCAAAGACUCAGUUUAUGCAAAAGGUUGGUUCUUUAUUCACGAGAACGUUCUGAAAUCAAAAAUGCAAACACAGUCUUUAUAACACACACAAACACGUUCAAAUCUUAAGCUACGCCUUGCUCAGACAGUCAGUGUUUUUCCACUACACAGA